UUUUUUUUUUUUUUGGAGUGUGUACCCUCGCGCCCUGCCUCCCAGAUUAUGCAGAAAAAGUUACUCCAAAUGAGCGUGGCGCAGUCUUGAAUACAGAAGAAGGCAUCUUGUGCUGUCACCGCUGUUAGAUUUGUUAGAUGGCACACUUCUGAUGCAGAGCCACCUCCGCCCGGUGUCCUUCGCGCGCGCGUGCGUGCGCGCAUGUGGCCAGAGAAAGCGACGCUGACGUCAAACGCGAGUGUCAGUCGCUUCCGUCAGGUCAUGUCCAUCUGCUUAUAAGUGAGGAGAAUCGGGACAUCAGUCAUCAGUCAUCAGCAGGACAUAACAGGUGCGGCCGCGCUCACCCACAACCAGCCAGCAGCGAUGCCUCACUCCUUGUCCCCCCUGUGCGUCCUGGGACUCAUCGCGCUCUCCUCCGCCUGCUACAUCCAGAACUGCCCCCGAGGAGGGAAGCGGGCGCUGCCGGAGGCUGGGACCAGACAGUGCAUGUCGUGUGGCCCCAGAGACAGGGGCCGCUGCUUCGGCCCCAACAUCUGCUGCGGGGAGGGCCUCGGCUGUCUGCUGGGCUCCCCGGAAACAGCUCACUGUGUGGAGGAGAACUACCUGCUCACCCCCUGCCAGGCGGGAGGGAGACCCUGUGGCUCUGAAGGAGGACGCUGCGCUGCUUCAGGACUCUGCUGUAACUCAGAGAGCUGCACGGUGGACUCUGACUGCCUCGGGGAGGUUGAGGCCUCAGACCCGUCUGACAGCUCUGUGGGGAGUUCGCCUGCAGAGCUGCUGCUGCGCCUGCUACAUGUGGCCACCAGAGGACAGACCGAGUACUGACACUGUCGCCUCUGACUCUCAGGGCCCAGAGGUGCAGAAUGAACAUCAUCCCUGAUCCACCAUAAGCCUUGAGAUUUGAACCCUGAACCAAUAAAAUGCCAAGUCGAGCUUUCUUCUCUCUUAAAUCCCCCACUGUUGUGAUUUUUCUGUAUCUGUAACGACAGAAAGAAGAGUGAACUUCAACUUUAGCAACUGGCCACUUUUAUCCCAAUCCUCUGGAAGAGGAGGAUCGAUAAUGGCUUUGCAAAAGUAGAAUUCAUGCUUUUCCCAGUAAGAAAAUGUAUAUACUAAUGCACAUACUGUAAACAAAAUUGUAUUCUAUAUGAGGGUUCAAAACACGCCUCAGAGCUCCAUUUCAAAUAAGUUGGUUGUAGCAGAAAACACUGUAAAUAAGUUGGAGAUUGAAGAUUGAAGAGUCAGCCAUGUACAACAGCUGAAUGACAAAGAUAAAGCAGUUAUGUCUUGUGUGUCUGAAAUAUUAUUGUAUGUUGAAAAUGGGAAAAAAAUACAGACUGAAUCGCUGCCAAAAAAAAC